AUGGCGUCCUCCGAGGUUGACCAAAAGUUUCUCGGCAAGCUGGCCAAAGCUGUCGAGAAUGAUAACCCUCUCUUGGCCAACAUGCUCUUCAAGAUUCUGGGCUUGUCUCUGAACCUUGCCGAACAACUUGUUGCUGCGAAGAAGCAGCGUCGACCUGACUAUGAGCCAUCGCCCAACGCGAUACGGCGUGUGCUACGGAUCAUAUGGCUCUCUCGAGAAGGCAAAAUAAUGCUCGAGCAAUAUGUCCUACCGAUGGUCGGAAACUAUGUCGAACUCAAGGUCCUUGCCUACAAGCUCCGUGCUUCUUUCUAUCACAUCUUUGCUCUCUUUGGUAACUUGCCCUCAGUCUCGCACCUUGGCAGGCAAACGCCGGAUGUAACGGCUGCAUUGGCAUCGCGCAUGGACAAGGGAAAGGGACGCGCCGCCGACCUGGAAGCUGACUCAAGACCUUCGUCUGUUCAGCCAACUCACCCCCUAGAAGGAGGGCCUGUGCUGCCUCCGCCAGGCUUCGAGAACAUCCCUUUGUCGCCAAAUUUCCUCAUUCCAGCCAAAGACUACCUGCCCGAAGCCAAACAGCACUUUCAAGAGGCCAUACAGCUAGCUGAUUCGAUGCUAUGGGGAUCCCAUUCUCUUCGACUGUCAGUCAAAACCGAAUAUGCUGCGUUCUUGUAUGAAUGCGCCCACGACGCUGAGGGCAGUCGGAAAGUCGCCAAAGAUACCAUUGCAGAGGUAUACGAAGCCACGGAGGGAAUGGACGACGACAUGUUUGGCGAUGCUUGCGAGCUGGUCACUGUCCUGGGCAAGAUGAUGAAGCGUGGCCUCGGUACCAGCGGCGCUAUGCGCAAGGCCCCAGCUAUGAAUCAGAACUUGGUGCCGAGGGCUGUACCUCCUCCCGGGAUGGAGAACCCAAUAUGA